AUGGAGGAGGAUCAUGGAAAGGCAAUGGAGGAGAUUUUGAGAGGGUGUGAGUUUGCCAACCACCUCCAACAAUUACUGCUAAACAAUAAUAGUAAUGAUUUUACAGAAACAACUUCAUUUGUUCAAUAUCUUGUCAACAAUAUCAUCAAUUCAUUUAGCAAUGUUCUCUUUCUCUUGGACAAACAUGAUUUUUCCUGCAAUUCCAUUGCUCCCGUAAUAAGACCUGUCGCCGAAUUGGAAGAAAGUCGCAAGACUACUUCUUCUGCUACCAGAGCUCCUUACAAAAGAAGAAACACUACACGAGAGAAGGUGACAGAAACUCCCUUAGAUGAUGAUGGUCAUCAAUGGAGAAAGUAUGGCCAGAAAAAGAUCAACAAUUCUCAAUACUCAAGGAACUACUACAGGUGUACUCACAAGUAUGAUCAAAGAUGUCUAACAACAAAACAGGUGGAGAGAAUUCAACAAAAACCUCCCUUAUAUAAAACCACCUAUUAUGGCCACCACACUUGUGGAAACUUGCCCAACCCUCACAUCAUACAUGACCCUAGUGACACUAAUUCCUCCGUAUUACUUAGCUUCAACAACACAUUCCCAGUUCCAACAAAACAAGACUGUCCCUUUUUAUCAUCAUCAUCAUCUCCUUCCUCGCAUGAUUUUGUGAAUAAAGACAUACUUUUAGAUGACAAUAAUAGCAUGCUCUUCACUGAUACAGCUUUUGAUAACUCUAACUCUACAAGUCAUGUUCCUAAUCUAUCAUCAAUACUUGAAACUGAUCACGAGAAUAUGAUAAAGUAUGGUUUCAUGUAUCAUUUUGGGGAUUUUGAUGAUGAUUUCUCUACAAGUCAUGUUCCUACUCUACUAUCAACAUUUGAAAAUGAUCACAAAAAUAUGAUGCAGUGUGGUUUCUUGUAUGAUUUUGGGGAGUUUGAUGAUGAUUUAUUUCUCCCUUUUGAUGGGUUUUGA